AAACGAACACACCCGAUACGCCGUCGCCUUGUCAGCCUUGUCCUCAUCCGUGCAAGAGUUUGAUUGGAACAACGGCGGACCCUUUCACAUCGCAAGUUCAAAAGGCAGCGAAGCGUGUUUCUAGUUCUUUUUUUGUUUUUCAGCGACUUGUAAGUUAUCAAAAUUGGCACCGGCAUGUCAUCGCAGCGUCUGGCAAGGAAGGCAUCCCACGCGGGAAGUUGGUACACCGAUUCACCACGAGAAUUGAAAUACCAGCUCGAGAAUUGGUUAUCGGCUGCAGGAAUGCCAUCCUUUGGACCGGCGAGAGCUGUGAUUGCACCGCAUGCGGGCUACCAGUACUGCGGAGCCUGUGCCGCUUACGCGUACAAGCAGGUGGACCCAGACCAUGUACGGCGAGUGUUCAUCCUGGGUCCCUCGCACCACGCACGUCUCGGAGGCUGUGCCCUCUCGCCCGCCAAGGUGUACCGGACGCCCUUUUACGACCUCACCAUCGACCAGGAAGUCUACGAGGAGCUGUUCGAGACCGGAGCCUUCGAGGAGGUCAGCCUUCACGUCGACGAGAACGAACACAGCCUCGAGAUGCACCUGCCGUACAUCGCCAAGGUCAUGGAGGACCGGGAGUUCACCAUAGUGCCGAUCAUCGUCGGGUCGCUGACCCCGGAGAACGAGGCCUUCUACGGUCGUCUCCUCAGCAAGUACCUCGCGGAGCCGGACAACCUCUUCGUCAUCUCUUCCGACUUCUGCCACUGGGGGGCUAGGUUCCACUAUCAGUUCCACGACAAAUCCUGGGGCAACAUUCACCAAUCCAUCGAAAGGCUGGACAAGCAGGGUAUGAACAUCAUUGAGGAGCUCUGUCCGACGGCGUUCACGGCGUACCUCAAGAAGUAUGGCAACACCAUCUGCGGACGACAUCCCAUCGGCGUUCUCCUCAAUGCUGUGGACACCCUCCAAUCUUCAGGGAAUGGUCACAGGAUGGCGCUGAAGUUUCUGAAGUAUGCCCAGUCCAGCCAGUGCAUGAGCACGAGCGACUCUUCGGUCAGCUACGCGUCUGCGGCCCUCCGCCUCGAGUGACGCGUGGACGGAACGCCCCCGCGUCCUUGCCGUGCCCGUCUCUUUGCCUGCUAAAGGGUCUUCCGCUCGUCUGUCUCUUGCGGCGGCGCUCUGAUGCAACCGGCACCGCCUGCUGUGCCUCCACCGCUGCUGGCGUGCUUCGUUUGACCCGUAACUUAGUAAAGAGCAAACGCUGUGGCCCCUUGGAGCCAAUCGGAGCGACUGAGGGCCAAUUCUGCGACGGCCCUUACCAACCAAAGGUACGGGGGCAAGAGCGUAACCCAAGCAGUUGGAGAAGAGGGGAAAGAGGAACUCCCCUUUUACGCUCUUUUGUCUCUACCAGACGUCGCUUUUGUCCUCCUUGGCGAUUAGCCCGUCGCUCGAAAUUUGUACAAUAGCGACUUUUUUUUCUUCCUUCUGCCCGUGGCUUCGACGGUACAGCACGCAACUGUCGAGAUGGAGUGUGGUCACGUGUUUCCCUCCGACGCGCCGAUUGGCUCCCUGGGACCGUAGUAGUCCUCACUAUUCGCGAGGAUGCGGUGAGAUGAAGUACGGUAGUUGGCUCGAAAAAACGCAGGCUUUGUCUCGACGCAGAGGCCAAAGGAGUCUGCAGAAAAGUGGGGAGGGGGGGGGGGGGAGGGUGGUUUCUAAAGCCCGAACGUGUCUUCUGAAAUCUCUGGGGCGUCUGCAAUAGAUCCCGGCGUCGUAAAAGCUCCAACUUUCACUGAACUUGCGUUCGGGCGGUGCCGCAGGUUGCAACCCUCGCCGACUUGGCCGCCCGCAAGCAGAUCCUUCGUCAACCCCGGCAAGUUUGUUGGCUUCGUGUUUCCCAGGAAAAAAGCUACACCUCAAAAUUUCACCACAUAAAACGUGCCACGUAAAUGCACAAUCAGGUAAAGUUCGAGCCUUCCACGCGCAGAAGGCAAUUUUUUCGGCUCGUCUCGCGGCACUGGGAUCCAUUGCGAACACCCCACGUGGUACUGUGCUGGUAUCUUGUCGUCGAGGGUCUAGUAAACCUGGAGAGAAUUAUUGCAACGAUCUACAAGAUGAAGGAUGCAAGGCACUUGGUGUGCUCAGAAUCCAACGGUAGCACCUCUUAAUAAAUGCGGCUCAAAAGGGAAAUAGUCUUCUGUUUUGAAGGAUGAUUCUGGUGGUGUGGUGUCUUCUUGACCGUUAUACUUUAGACAGGCUAAGCUAUGUUUUAAUUUGUAAGAAUCUUUUGCAUCGGUGUUGUGGAUGCAGCUAGAAACUCGAGCGAGCAUCAGAUAUGAAUCUUGUCUGGCUAAAUUAGGCCCUUUUUGGAGAAUCUGUGCCAUCUAGCAGCUGAGCUAGCAGUCUAACUGCUGCCAUACUAAUGCAAGUAAUGGAAAUAUCAUAGGGUAUUCUACAUCUGCAGCCAGUGCGUUUGUCACAUCCUGUCGACGUCUUAAAUGCACAAGUUGCGUGUCACAUUUGUGGUCGCGCAUCUUUACCUUCUUAUUUCAUCAGCUGCCUCAAUGUUGCCAUUAGCGCAGCACAGACACCAUAUUGUCAAUCGAAGUGGCCAGACUGAAUUUCAGAAUGGGUCAAUAUUUGGCUGGAGCUGCUGUUUGGAGUUGCAACGGACUUGCAGUUUCUGGGGAAUCCACAGGCUUGGCUCCAGGUGCUCUUUUAGGCGCAGCAUAUUGGAGCAUGAAGGCAAGGACAAGAACCAUGCAAUGCAGAAGGUCAGCUGAAUGGUGGCUCAGAUGUCCUUGGUUGAAGAUGGAAUGAAGAGUGUCAAUUUUAAAAUGUCUUGCAAAAUUCAGUUUGUGUAACCCUGUGUUUCCUUAAUUCUUUUCAGUUUUAUCAGCAUGUCGUCCGAAGUUAGUUAUUCUCGAAGCAUCUGAAAGUGCCUCUUCUGGAGCACUGUUAAUUUUUCUUAAGGGCUGCUGCUGUUCUUAGUUAGCAAGACCAUUUGUACUUGUCUGGCCAUCUGCAACAUGCAGACAUUCCAGUCGCAGACCUUCAAUCUGUGAUAUCACGACAUAAAGAUUUUCUUCCGCAAUUUAUUUGAGAAGGUACUCCAGAUUGAAGACUCGUCUGCUGUCUGUCAGAGCAGUUUGGGUUAUAACUUAUUGCAAAAAAGUACUAAAUUGCUUCUUUUUUUUUUUUUUUUUUUUUUUUUAGCUAUCCGUCGAUUGGAGCAUACAGAUAAGUUAUCCUUGAGCUUUCAUUUUUAGAAGUCGUACAGAUUUUGGGUGUGCUUAUUGUAUGAAUAAGUUGCAGGACUUGCUAUGUGCAUCUGGGCUCUAUGACUUGGGGACAUGCACCGUGCUCAGUCUGCCUGUCUGACUUCAGGGGGUGCCCGAGUUAUAGCAGUAUCAGACGAGAAGUUCCACAGUACCAAAAAAACAAAAACCUAGAAUAAGAUACACCAUGAGCAAACACAGAUCAGAACCUAUAUUUAAGACAAUUUGGAGAAAAGUUUUUCUUUUGUCAUAGCACUGGAGAACUUAUGUAGCAGCUCUUCCAUCUCUUGUUUUGAAAGUGUCGGAGUUUCCAUGCAUGACGGGGCGGGUUUUUUUAGGGCAAAGUGCCACAUGACAAUGCUUUUGAUACUCGGUAUGGCGUUUGAAAUGAAAGAAAGAAAACGGACAGAGUGCAGCAUAUAUUUUUUUUUUUUUGCUGGUACGGGAGCGAUGUAUGUCUGCUAUUUGACUGUCUGUUGCUAUUCUAUGCUUUUAACUUAAUAAUGACUGACAGCUCCCGGUACAUAAAGCAUGGCAGUUGGGGUGGUUCCACAGCCGCACAAUUUUUAUUUAAAAAUGCGAGGUCCUGUUCCUUUGACUCUAUCGACUUCGUUGCGAGAGCUUGGUGAUUGUAGUACCCGUUUUGGAUUGCUGUGCUGCUUUUUUCUUUGUGUGUGUGUGUGGCAGACUCUUUAUUUGAUGAUGCACCAGAGCAUCCUUGUGCGUCCUUCACAAAUGUCCUCAGCAACUUUAGAGACAUGCCAUGCUACAUUAAAUGCCAUUAUGGAGUUAUAACAGAAUGUUCCAAUACCUUUGACAGCGAUGCAAUGCAUGGCCGCGGCGUUGGCAGAGCAUCUGGUAUCGUCGGAGUUACCGGAACAAUCUACUAAAACUCCCUAAUGGAAGAGCUGCCAUGUUUUGGCAUGGCCUCUACCAAGCCUUAACAAUGGUCUGAAGGCCAAUGCAUGUUUUUAUUUGUGACCUCAAUAUAUCCGAUUUCCUUGAUCUCAAAACAGUACUAAGCUCUUAUUUAUACUUUUUUGUUUUUCUUUUCUAGAAAUAAGUUACACUUUCUCUUCACAUCCGUCUGGUGACUCAUGACGUUUGAGGUGUCUGUAUUUCCACAUCAUUUAAGUUUGAGUGCUUCAGAGGGAGUGGGUUUGUCAUAAACACCCACAGGAGGGGGAGUCGCUAUACACCUUGGAGGUCAUGGGACGUAGUAGUAGGUCAUUCUCCAAAUCUGAACCUUUUUGGUGAGAUUAGGCAAGUGGAACCUUGUAUAGGUGUACGGCUGCAUAUGUAUAGUGCCUGAUGCACAGCUGGCUACCAUGUCUUCUAGUGGUUUUAAGGUUCUAGCGGCAUGGGACUACUGUUGCUGUAAGAUUUAGACGAGGGGCAGUGCUGUUCAAAAAGCAUUUAACUCAAAUAAGGUGAUGUUUGUGGCAGUUGGCACAAUACUUGAUUGACUAGGGCUGGGAGCAUUACGGUCUUUGAAUAGGAAGGUACGGCUUUGAAGUGACCCGGUACUUUGUAUGCAUAUGCUUGAGACCUUUUUUCUUUCUUUUGAGUGAAUAAAAGGAAUGAGUAUUUGUA